AUGUGCGAAAGCUAUUUGCCACGGCAUUCGAAAUUUUCUUCUUCAGAAACUUACAAUAGUUUUAAAACAGAAUUUUCAAAUCAAAUGAAUGGAAACAACUUUGAAAUUGUCCUAGCUGUAGGUAACAAGAUCGUUAGCCCAAACGUUGCUGGUGGAAUAGAUGGUAGGGUGUUAAAACACCUUUGUGCGCAGGGUCCCGUUUAUCUUCGAUGCAAAAUCCCAUUAGAAACCGACUACGGUUGGGUGAGCGAUGAUGAGAAGGACGAAAGUAAUGAGAGCGAUAAUGACUUUUUACCCAGAAGGAAACGCGCAUACUCAAGGAGUGGAACCAUCAAGCAGUCACUGAAUGCGAGUGACGAUGAUGAUCUACCACCCAUGAGCAAACAUGGAAGUGCAAGGCUCUCCUCAGACACCAAUAAGCAGUCGCUAACUGUGAGUGAAGAUGAUGAUCUACCACCCAUGAUUGAUUGGAGCCCAACACCUCGAAGUGCAAGGCUUUCUUCAUCAACAAGUACAAUCUCUGGGUCAGUGACACAGGCAGAGGUAACUGAUAAUCAGUAUUCCUCUGGUUCAAGAACUUGUACUGCCUCUUCACUGCCUACGCUAUAUCCAACAUGCCCAACUUGUAACAUGCAAUUCCCAUUAUCAGAAAUUGAAUUUCAUGCCGAUACCUGUUGUGAGAACAUAAGAAACCCAGAAACUUGCCUAUAUGAAUCAAUAAUGAUAGAUCCUCAAGAUGCAGGGGAGUGGAAUUUAAAGCCAGUCGACACAAGUUCUCCCAGUGAAAUUAAUGAAGAAGUGUCUGUUAAAGAUCUUUUG